GCUUUUUAAGAAUGGAUUUGUUUUAAACUAGAGAAACUGUUGACAGCGAUAAAUGCCCGCUGGAGGGCGCCAAGUUAAAAAAAGACGAGGUGUGCUCGACUUCAUGCUAACUUCAAGAUGACAUCAAAACCCCGCGAGAAUUUUUGAAAGCUGUGCUUUCGAAUGGGUCUCGCGGUACUCUGACGUAAUACAAUGAUAGGUCUGUGCUGCGCCGUACAAAGUCCAACAUAUCUAUCAAUUUCACAUUGCAGGUGUAAGAUCGCAAACUUAAUUGCAAACUAAUAAUUUUAAACACAUUGCUUUUCCUGAAAAAAAAAAACUUACUUCCUUUCCAUACUUCAUACAUACAUAAAUCAAUAAAAACAUCCGACACGGAAAGUCAGUUUACUUACUUAAAUUCUUAAAUUGCAUUUUUCAAUAAAUCAUAAAACUAGACAAAAAAAACUUUGCUUCGUUGUUAUAAAUAUGUUUUUCAACUACCCCCCAUUCAGUAAAAGCAAGCUUAUACAAUGCAAGCAGCAAAUGCGCCAUCCUGUCGUCAUGACGUCGGCGAAUAGGAAAAGUCAGAAAUGAUAUUUUUGUCUACAAAAAAAUGAUCGAGGAUGAGACUGUACCAUAUUCCACUGGAUUUGUAGUUCGUCGCUCCGCGAGCUCCCGUUGAGUCCCAGUGUCCCGCCCGCCGCGGGGAACUACAACUCCCAUGAAACCCGCGCAGCGCUUACUGUUCAUAUCAAUAUGGCUUCUGUCAGUCAGACAAAGGCGAAUCGGUUUUUGCCUUGAAAUGAAAUUAAGUUAGAGCAGGGUAGCGGCAGAGUCGGACGUCGUCCAGUUUGGCCGGUUCAUGUCUGCUGACGGGGAUUAAAGAAAGCAGCUCCAACACUGACGGUUCGGUUGAAUAAAUGCUGCGGUGCACGGAGGCCCCGCACGCGCACGAUCAGCUGACAGCAUCUUAGAGCUUUAUCAUCUGGGGAUACAGUAUGACUUAAGAAUGUCCCAUUAUACAGAUGAGCCUCGUUUUACCAUUGAGCAGAUCGACUUGCUGCAGCGUCUGCGUAGGAGUGGCAUGACGAAGCAAGAGAUCUUGCAUGCCAUGGACACUCUCGACCGGCUGGACCGUGAGCACGUCGAGAAGUUCGGCCAUCGGCACGCACACGCCGGAAACGGGGCGGGGGGCGUCGCCGGUAAUGCCAGCAACUCCACCACCUCUUCCAACUCCUGCACUACCUCCUCUAACAACCUCACAGCCUCUUUGUCGAGAACCUCUACGGCCACGCAAACUAGUUACCGUGGCAACAGCCUCUCCCCGUCCCAUAGCAACAGUUACGAUACCUCCCCGCCACCUGCGGCCCCCACCCCCAUGCCUGUAGUGGUGCCCACGAUCCAAAACGGGCGGGACGUCCUUGCUGCCAUGCCCAAUGGGAAGCUCUCUCCGCCUCGUUUCGUAGUGAGUAACGCCUCCGCACGGGCCUUCGGGUUCGAGCUCCCUGAUGAGGAGGUGGACGUCGAUGACAAAGUUGAGGAGCUCAUGAGAAUGGACAGCGCUAUAAUUAAAGAAGAAAUUAAAGCUUUCUUGGGGACCCGGCGAAUAUCACAGGCUGUUGUUGCCCAAGUUACAGGUAUCAGUCAAAGCCGAAUCUCUCAUUGGCUACUUCAGCAGGGUUCAGACCUCAGUGAGCAGAAGAAAAGAGCUUUCUACCGCUGGUAUCAACUGGAGAAAACUACACCCGGUGCGACGCUAGCGAUGCGGCCCAACCCCAUGGCACUGGAGGACAUAGUGGAGUGGCGCCAAACUCCUCCUCCCAUCAGCAGCACGCCGGGCAGCUUUCGCCUGCGGCGCGGCAGCCGCUUCACCUGGAGGAAAGAAUGUCUGGCGGUGAUGGAGAGUUAUUUUAAUGACAACCAGUAUCCCGAUGAAGCCAAACGAGAGGAAAUUGCCAACGCCUGCAAUGCAGUAAUACAAAAACCAGGGAAAAAGCUUUCAGAUCUCGAGCGCGUCACAUCGCUGAAAGUUUACAACUGGUUUGCCAACAGACGGAAGGAAAUCAAGAGGAGAGCCAACAUAGAAGCAGCAAUCCUGGAAAGUCAUGGGAUUGAUGUCCAGAGCCCGGGCGGUCAUUCCAACAGCGAUGAGAUCGAUGGAAAUGACUACGGUGAGCAGGUACCUGCCGACCAGGUUCUGGGAAUGGAUGAUGCCACCGGACCAAGUGAACACCAGGACCCUAUAGCUUUGGCUGUGGAGAUGGCGGCCGUCAAUCACAGCAUCCUGGCGCUGGCGAGGCAGGGCGGAGCCACCGGUGGCAUCAAAACAGAGGUGCUGGAUGAUGAUUAAGUAUCUUCCCUCGACGUGUCCGUCACGGGUGGCGCGCAGAGGGACGGCGAAGGAGAAAUGUGGGGUUAUUAUAAAAGCCGCACGUGAACCGUUUGCACGUGAACUGAAGAAUGUGGCCGGGUCACGAAUGACCAAAGCAGAGGUUCUGAAGACUGUUAACCCAACAUUCCCCUCUUCCAGCUCCCUCAUACAUGUGACACCUCAAUAAUCUUUCAUUAUAACAGCUCUCCUAACUACAGCAGGUUCACUAAAAACAUAUCAGCUGUCAUUUCACACUCAGAUAAUGAAUUUUGCCUCUUUUUCGUCUUUCAGGAAGUCUUCUUUGCAGGAUAUAAGAGGUCAGGAUCGUAUUAACCGUUUACUGUCCUUUCUCUCUCUCUCUCCAGGGAAAGUGUGAUGGGAAGCAUAUUCUCUCUCACUUGUUAACUUAUUUCGUUGUGAUGUACAGUACAGUGGAUGCAGAACUGCAUUUGCUGGAAUUCAUUUAAAAAAAUCAGGGUCCAAAAUUAACAUUUGUCAAUUUGCUGUGGGAAUUAAACAGAACAGGUAAUGGCCAGUUGGGAGGUAACUUAAUUAGAAGCUGUGAUAUGAUAGAUGCCAUAUUGUGCAAUAUUUUACUAUGUUUUCACCUCAACUUAGAUCAAUUAAACCACACCCAUCUUUUUUCAGUGCGUGCACUUCAUCUUUGCACAGCGCGUUGUGAAUGUGUUAGCAUUUAGCCUAGCUCCAUUCAUUCCUUAGGAUCCAAACAGGGAUACAUUUAGAACCCACACAAUAUAGUUCUCAAACAAGAAAAAAAUCGGCACGUUUUAUUUUGUGCCACCAUACUCACUUGUGUAACUACUCAUGUAACAGUCUUUAAUAGGGAAAACAUGGAAUUGUUUGGUGGCUUCUAAAUUCAUCCCUGUUUGGAUCCUGAGGAAUGAAU